CUUGUCACAUUGCUUCAAGGGAACUUCUUCCUUCUUUUUCCUUCUUUCCUCCUCCUCCUCCCUUCUUCCUUCUUCUUCUUCUAUACUCCUGUGUAUCCAAAACAUUGCUGGGACCUAUAAAUACUUUGUAUAUACAGUGGUCCCUCAAUAAUCGUCCGGCUCGAUAUUCGUCCUUUUCGGAAAUCGUCGCGUUAUUCUCGUCCAAACAUUGGCUCGCAAAUGGUCGGUUUACUCACUAAUCGUCCUUUGUCCGGGACACGUACUCACGCUCUGAGCCGCCUCGGCCUCCCUUCCCAGCCAGUGUACCAUUGUUUAUCAGUGAGCAACGGUCCCUCACUUGUUCAUACGAAAUAUUUCAUAAUAUUCCAUUCAUUUUAGUGCUUGCAAGUGCUAAAUAAGCUACCAUGGCUCCAAAGAAAGCUCCUAGUGCCAAGUCUUUGGUAAAGAAAGUGAGAAAUACGAUUGAAUUUAAGAAAAACAUCAUUGAACAAUAUGAAAGUGGCGUACAUGUGGUCGAACUGGCCAGCUGAGGAGCUGCAAGAGCUUCAGCAGGAACAGGGACAGAUCGCAGCUCAGAAUCUUGCUGCAGACAAGGAGGAAGAGAGAUGGAAGAAGGUGCCUUCUUCAGAAAUUAAGGAGAUUUUUGAAAUUUGGGGUAGGAUGGAAAGAUUUAUGGAGAAACAUCACCCUGAGAAGGAUGUUGCAAGCCAUAUCAGCAACUUGUACGGUGACAGAGUCUUGGCCCAUUUUAGGGAAGUUUUAAAGAGAUGCCAGAAACAGAGCUCUCUGGACACUUUUUUUGUGAGACAGGACUCCAAUGACUCAAGCUGGUCCUAGUGGCAUUAAGAAACAGAAGAGAAGUAACCCCAGAAAAGCACUUGGUACCUGAGGUGUUGAUGGAUGGGGAUUCCACUUCCAAACGGUAACUAAUUCAAUGUCUCUCCCCCUCCAGUCUUCCAUACACUAAGAAAAAUCGCCAAUGAAGGAGGCGUACUGUGAUGUUACUCUGGCAUGUGAUGGACGCUUUUAUCCAGUCCACAAGCUGGUUCUUUCUACUUGCAGUGAUUUUUUCGAUGAGAUGUUUGAGAAAACGGCAUGCAAGCAUCCAGUCAUUGUGGUAGCCAAUGUAGCAUACAAAGAUCUAGAAGCACUGCUCAAUUAUAUGUACCUGGGUGAAGUGAAUGUCUUGCAAAAUGAUCUUACAGGACUCAUGAAAGCUGCUGAGGCACUUAGAAUUAAGGGUUUAGCAGAACCUGUCAAUGCCCCAUCAACGAAGGACAUAAGAGAGAGCAAGAGGUCUUCACUGUGGGAAGAUGACUUGCCUGAUGGUAAAAGAAAGAGAUCGGAAGAGGUGCCACCCACUGCAACCACUGACAAUGACAGAACAGGAAGGAGAGAAAUGCAAAAAUCCAGAAUAACCAGCAAUGAUUCUGAAACAUCAAGACACAAGGCGCAAGUUCCAUCUAGUGGCAGUAACUCUAGUAAUUCAACAGAUCAACCAGGUGCCACAUCAUCUGCAGAGAUGCUAAGUCAUUCAGCCAAUCAAGACAUGGGAGCGUCUUCACAAAGUGAUGCUGACAAUGAGCCAGUUGAUAAGGCUCUUAGACCUGAGGUUAAAAUGGAAGAUGUACUAGUCAAAGAAGAGCCAGCAGGCUGGUUUCCUGAAACUGAGGAAGGCCUAGAUAGCUUGCAGUUCAGUGAGGCAGACACAGGUCUUGCGUACGCACCACAACAAACAACGUUCAGAAGUGGAUGUCUGCCAUGGGAGUUGGCUGCUGCUGCUGCCACUCAGGCUCAUGUUCUAGACUCUCAGCUACCUCAUGGACUCCCAGGACCCUCAAGAAUGCAAGGAACAGAAGAUCCGUCCCAACCAGGACCAAUGAAUGAGAAGCUUGAAAUGACGCGCUCACUAGAGGCGGCUGGCUCGCACAGAGUGUCGUCGCAAGCAAGACCCACGAACGAGACGUUUGUAGCGACUUGCUCACCAGAUUUGUCCGGCUCGCCCAAAGGGUCGUCGCAAGGAAUAUCUAUGAAUGAGAAGUUUGUCAUGACUCACUUCCUAGAGGCAUCCAGCCUUCACAAAGCAUUGUCGCAAACAUCGUUUGUCGACAUUGGAACCCUUGACUUGUCAUUUCCCAAGAGAUUUUCCAAAUCUCUCAUCAAAAAGAUUCUGACAACGAGGUUCAUUCCAGACACACACUGGAAGCCUCCGCAGCGACAGUUUGGCAAGUACAGGAGGCGCGUGCCAGAAAAAUUCUUCAAUAAUGAGCAGUACCCCACACUGCGGUACAGCACUGUACAGGACGGUCUGUACUGCGCUCCAUGUGUCGCGUUCCAGAACACUGAUGCUAUUCUUGUUGGUAAACCACUUCAAGACUGGAGUAAUGCCAUCCGCCAUACAAGCUAUCACUUGCAGUCAGAGGGACACAAAUUUGCCAUUAACAUGGCAGCAAAGUUUCUGAGCAGUUUUGAAAGCGAAAAAGUGGGCAGUGAGAGUUCUUCAGAAUUUUCCUUGGUUAUUACUGGGCAGGAAACAACUGGUAAUGCUGUCAGAGAGGGGCCCCCAUCCCCUUGAAAUAUUACAGUAUUUAUAUUCAGUACUGCCUCCAUCCUCUUGAAAUAUACAAUAUUGAUAUUCAAUACUGACAAGACGAGGAAAUACACAUGUGCAAUACCUGGGUAUCUGUUAGAAGACCGUUUGCCAACCAGUGACAUUUUUCAGUUCAGUAUGGAGAUGAUAUACAAAGACAGCAAAAGAUGAGGUAACAGUCCCUCUGUCUUGCAGAACUAUACACAGAAGACAGUAGACGAUGAGGUAGUCAGUCCCUUAGUCUUACAGAACUAUGUAUGCAUCAUCUAUUGUUUUCAUAUGACAUCUCAGUUUAAAAACUGUAGUGUAAAGCACCCUUUUGGCAAGACAGUGAUGGAGUGAAUGAUGGUGAAAGUUUUUCUUUUUCGGGCCACCCUGCCUUGGUGGGAAUCGGCCAGUGUGAUAAUAAAAAAUAUAAAAAAUCUCAGUAUUGAAUUGAAAAGGCUUCUGGUUGGUGAUAUCUAAUGGUUAUAAUUCUAACCAUAGUUUUUAAAGUGGUGGAGUGGUAAGCCAGUGGAAGGCCUUGGUCAGAUGACCAAAAGCUCCAGCUGCAGGUCAUCAUAUGACUAAGACCCACAUCAGAAACACUUGUCUGGUUUCCUGACAAACUUUACCUAACCUACUGCAUCGUGAAACAUCUUUAAAUACAGGAACCUGGGUAUUUCACAUGUUUGUAUAUUUCCUCGUCCUCUUGAGAUGCUUCACACAUCGUCAACUACUUGCCUAACUUAUGGUUAAUGCAGAAAAAAAUCUUGGUUGCAGAGCCAGGUUUUGUUGUGGCAUUGUUUUGCUUUAUUUAGAGCUUAAUCAGAAUUAUACAGCUGUAUCAGGAUUAUACAGCUGUAUCAAGAUUAUAUAGCUGUAUCAAGGUUAUACACCUGUAUCAAGAUUAUAUAGCUGUAUCAAGAUUAUACAGUUGCAUAAAGAUUAUACAGCUGUUCUGUAUAUAGUAAUAACAUAUUCUGCAGGCCUUUUCACAUGUUCAAUUUUGGAUUCACUUUUUCAAUUUGUAUUGACAAAAAAGGCACUAUACAGAGGAGCUUUAAUAGAGCUGACUGUAUAAAGCUCUUUGCAGAGCCUAAUAUUAUCACAAAGCUUGAUAUAAAGCUGUGUGUAUAUUCUUCCUUGUUGACAGUAAUUGUUUGUGCCCAUUCAUGGCUGAUGUUCUCUCAACAUUACAUCCCCUUCAAGAGGGUGUAUUGAUGAUGGUGAAGGGCUUUUGAUCCAGGGAAUUGGAACUAGCCUUCCCUUCCUCAGAUCAAGCCUGAUUGCUGCCAUUGCCCAGGUACUACAUUACCCUUCUGGGUUUAGCACUUCCCCAUAAAUAUAUUAAUAAAUGCUACCUGUCUUUCUUGUUUAUUAAUUUGUUAAGAUUGUUGUAAUUUAUUUAAAAUAGAAGUUUCUAAACCAGUUUUAUGGAUGGCAGGUUUCUGAGCAUUCAAAUGUAAUCAUUUCACAGAAUGAGCUGGAUUUUAACACAAGGGUUGUAACCCAGAGUUAAAAUAAUAUCAUAGUGACAUUCAGGCGUGCAUGCAGACAGCCCAUUGUUAUGCAGAACAUUUUGAGUAGACUUAGGCCUAUCUUAUGACUAAAAAGGCAGUAACUUAGAACACUGCCAUGGGUUCAAAUCCUUCCCUGUCUGUGUGUACUCAACUACAUAGUUGAGCUAGGAAGGGUUGAGUCACAGUGCCUGUGUGCAAGGGUGAGUUAUAUAUUCACGCAUUGGUAAUGAUGUAAAACAUUGAAUUUAUUUGAGAAUGUUCUUGAAAAUACCAUAGCAACAAGUUGAGCUACACAAUAAAGGGGACUUGUUGAUUUUAAUUGAAACACAAAUAACCCCAUGCAUAAAAGAGGGAUGGUCAUGACUACUUGUAAGUGGUCCAAGUUGGACCUAAAUGUCGUCAUAAAUUUCCCUCUCCUAUGUGUGGGUUUUUGUGUAUUGUUCCAGUUGCAGUACUGUGCCUUUCUGUUCUUUUAAUUGAAAGGUUUGGUGCUGGUGUUGAUUGUGAUGUAUGCUUGCAAAAGUGUUGCUAGAAUGUCUGACGAUUAACAUGUAUGAUAUACCAAGCAGUAUGCUGAAGCGCCGUAACCCUAGAGAGGCAUGUCUGGAAAGUCUUCAUCUGUUAUAUAUGGGUAUGGUGUGCCUGUUGAUGACAAAUAUUGAAUUAUAAUGGUUCUAAUCAUGAUUUAUUGUUAAUGGAAAAAUUAAACACAUGCAUAAUAAUGCAAUACUUUAUUGACUACAUUUCACCCACACAGUGGGCUUUAUCAAAUAACAAACAAAUCUUUACACAGAUAACCUGCAUAUAGGAGAAAGAAGCUUAAGAGGACAUUUCGGUCCAACUUCGACCAUUUACAGUCAUCAUCCUCUUCAAGGGGGGCUCCUUGGCGUGGUGAAGAGGCUCUUGGUCUGAGGAAUUAGACCUGUCGGUCUCCUUCCUCAGACCGAACCUAAUUACCCCCCAAUCCCCCCUUCCCUCUCCCAUCCUCCCCUUUUUCCUUUCCUCCUCCUCCUCCCCACCCCUCCCUUUUGCCCUU